UAUGAAGUAUAAAUAUAAAUAAAUAACAACAAAAAGAUAUGUUCCACAAACUCUACAUGCUCAUACUAUGUAUUUUUAACAUACAAAAUACCCAGAGGUGCAUACUUAACACACGUGUUAAUUUCGGACAACCUCUUCCCGUGAUCUUGCGAAAUGGAAAGCUUUUAGAACCCGAUGAUAAUAAUGGUAAUGUUAUUUUGAAUUAUGGUGAUACGCUAACACUCAGUUGUGGAGAAUCCAUGUCCAUAAGACAUCCAAAUGCAAAACAAGAAGUACCUACAGCAAUCAUAUCAUGCGAGAAUGGUGAUACUUUCAAAAACGAAGAGUUGCUCAAUUUCCCAGGAAGUUUUUCAUCAUUUCGUUGUAACGAUGCUCCGGACUAUCACAGCAGACGCACGAAUCAGCGUGCUACAUUUCAUUACGUGAACUGUGCGCCGCAGUGGGGCGGCUUCAACGGUGGCAAUUGGAACACUCUGGAAGUGGACCUACGGAAUCAUGUACACCAAGUUGGUUAUAACACAGUCAUUUAUACGGGAACUUAUGGUAUCACUCAACUUACAAAUCAAUACGGUCAGAGAGUUGAUCUCUAUUUGCACGGUACUGUUAUACCGAUCCCACAAUAUUUUUACAAAGUGGUGUACGAACCUAGUAGUAAAAAGGGGAUAGCGUACGUCGGUAUCAACAAUCCAUACUACAGUCUAAGAGAAGCGAAGGAAAUGUUCUUUUGUGAGGAUAUGUGUCGGAGUAAUAAUAAUUUUUCUUGGUUGACCUGGCAUCCCGACAAUCCAUCUGAGGGGUAUACUUUUUGUUGCACAAUCCCAGAUUUUAGAGCUACUAUUAAUCAUUUACCUUAUUUUGAUGUCAGUGGUGUUCUUAUAUAAUAUAUAAAUCAUGUCAAUCGUGUUUAAUAAUAUC